AUGUCCUCCCUCAACCGCCUUAUCCUCUUCGUAUCGCUUUACACAGUUCAUUCCACGCCUUGCAAGAAGGCAUUGUUUGACCAAGACUCCUUUGCUUGCGUUUGCGACAAUUUGAGCUGCGAUACGGUAGAGCCAUUAGGAGAGGUUGCGCUUAACAAAGCGGUAGUUUACACCACCUCGGCCGAGGGUGAUCGCCUUACAAGGACCGUGUUAAACUUUGAAAAUGUGCAUGGUGAGUACUAACUUCAUUAUUGAGACUCUCUUAAUUAUUUAAGGUCCUGAACUCUCGUUUUAGAUGUGAAAAACACAACCGUCGUCCUCGAAUUGGACCCCAGUUCCGAACGGCUUCAAAAAAUCAUCGGAUUCGGCGGCGCUAUAACGGAUGCUGUUGCGUCGGUAUACGCAAAAGCCGGGGUUCUUGGACUGAACUUGCUGGAACAAUAUUAUGGAAAUGACAGUAAGUACAAAUCUUGCUAAAACUUUGAGUUGAAUCUGUUUUUUAGGCAUUGGCUAUAGCCUGGGACGAGUCCCAAUUGGCAGCUGCGACUUCUCCGAAUCUGAAUGGUCUUAUUCGGAGGUUGAGGAGGACUAUCAGCAACGGCAUUUCAAUACUUCACAGGAUUCAAAGGUGAGGUUUGCAAAAAAAUUUUUUUUUUUGUGAAAAUUGUAAUUUUACAAGCCCCUUUUUUGCAGCCCGAUAUUCUAAAGCAAAUUCUCAAACUCAACCCAGAUUUGCAACUUUUUGCAUCGCCCUGGUCGGCUCCAGGUUGGAUGAAACAAAGUGGCCGAAUGAAGGGAGGUGGACGGCUGAAAGGAGACUUGAAUGGGGUUUACUACCUUGCUUAUGCCAAGUAUUUGAUCAAGUAGGUGUUGAAAAUGAUGUUAAUACCAUUUUUCGAGCAUUAAAGACUUAUAAAAUCAUAUUUUUUCAGAUUCUUUGAGCACUAUUUUUCGGAGGGCAUCAAAUUUUGGGGAAUGACCGUCCAAAACGAGCCGGGCUUUGCCACCGAUCCCAAUUAUCCUUUCCAGAAUAUGUACUUGUCCUCGGAAGAUCAACGGUAAGAUAUUGAACGAGUCCAGAAAGUUAUCGUAUUUUACCUGAAAAUCUAAUCAUCAUUUAUUUAGUGACUUUGUAAACAAAAGACUCCGCCCAAUGUUCAACAGAAAUAACGCGACGGCCAAUUUGAAAAUCAUGGCUCAUGAUCAUCAACGGGACUCGAUCUUUGACGCUGCGAAAGCUGUAAGCGAUCAGAAUGAAAGCCUAUCAAAAUUUGCAUUUUUUGAAUUUUUAUUUACCCGGUUUGCAAAUUUUUUGAAUUAAAUUUUUUUCAGAUCUAUGACAAAGCUGCUCAUGUGGAACAUGAAGUCGAUGGACUGGCCGUUCAUUGGUAUUCGCAAUCAGACUUUGAUCCAUUAAGAUUAACCCAUAAACUGAGACCUGACAAGUUCAUAUUGGCAACAGAGGUAAGUGGAGGGAACUUGGGAUUGUUCUCUGACCGUCUGAUCUGUCACAGGUCUACAGGAAUUUCGAAUAACUCGGCUGCUACAGGAAGCAAAGAGCUAGAAUCUUAAGAAAUUGAUGAAGGUCCAAGGAGAACUAUGCAUGACAAAUUCAAAGAGAAUUUGAGCAUCGCACUUCGAGAAAUUAUGUUCCAAACUUGUUCACCUUCCCCAUCUAACCUCUCUAACAUUUCAGGCCUGUAACGCCUACCAAGUCGAUGGUCACAUCCCGCUUCUCGGUAGCUGGAGCCAUGCCAACUUCUACGCCCACGACAUCAUCCAAAAUCUGUUGCAUUUCGUGACCGGCUGGACGGAUUGGAACAUCUUCUUGGAUGAGCAAGGCGGCCCCAAUUGGGUCGGAAACUUUGUCGAUGCUCCGAUUAUUGUGGAUGCCGAGAAGAAGGUCUUCUACAAACAACCCAUGUACUACAUAAUGGGACAUUUUAGCAAGUUUAUCCCGCCGGAAUCGUAUCGAAUUCAAAUGACUCAAAGCGUUGAUGAGAAUGCUUUCGAGGCGGUCGGAUUCAUCGUAAAUGGAACGAGAUUAGUGGUCGUGGCGCAUAACCGGUCGCCGGGAAAGAGCUAUGAUGUGGUAUUGAAAAAGAAGAACUCUCAGAAUGGUGUAAAACUCACUUUAGGACCGAAAAGCAUCAAGACCAUCAUCUUCAACAAUAGUUAA